GAGCGCGCUCAGAGUAAAUGUUCGCGUCCAGGUAGACGCAGCUGCCGUUUCUCCGUAGCGUGCUCGAAGCGUCGCGCCGCGUUUGUUGUGUCGUGCCGUCGUUUCGCGGUUUCGUGCAUUAAUUUAACUCGCUACCGGUCGGGGUGUUUGGUGUAGAAUAAAAAACAAACCAACGUACAAAAGUGUUUUGCAUACACAGGCUGGCGUGGCAAUGUGGGUGACCGAGAGAAGCUAGCUUUUAUCUGGUGUGCGCUACUCCUCCUGCAAUACUUACGGCGGUAGUGUGUGGUACAAAAGCCUGGCCAGCAAAACAUGGCCGACGAGACGGGCGAAGUGCGGUCGCUGCUGAUGCGUCAUCGGCUGUCGAUUGUGCGUGAUUUGAUCGGUACGAGUUUGGUGCAGGUGUUGCUGAAGGCGGGCGUCCUCACGGUCGCCCAGGAGGAACAGCUGACCGGGGAGCCCAGCCUGGAUGCGCGCUGCGAUCAGCUAAUCGAGCUGAUUGCCCGCGACGGGUUCGAAAAGUUCAAACAGUUUUGCUACGCCAUCGAGUCCGAAUGCAGCCAGCUAAUUUCGGACCUGAUCAACGAUAAACUGUCCCAGGCGGAGGAGGAACUGCAGGAGGAGCAAGUCGGUGUUGGGUACGGUGGUGGUGGUGCGAAUAUUAGCGCCGGUGUUCCGUUGAACAUCGGCGCUGUCCACCCGGCUAUCGUACAGCCAGGAGAUCCAGAGCCGGUCGUAGCCUCCUUCGUCAAUGCUGAUGGGACAAAUAUAGCUAUGUCUGGAGUCACGCACGAUGAUUCGUCACUCAAGAAUGGCAGGGAUACAAUCGACUCGAAUCGGUCGCGUAGAAGUACAAGCUACUGUGGUACAUCGACACCAACUCCUACGACAGUCCCGAUCGGUAAUACCGUUUCCUCCCGCCGAUCAUCACUCAUCUCGGCCACCGCGUCAGCGGCCAGCAGUCAACAGCAGCACCAGCAGCAACCACCACCGAUCCCACAGCUACCAUCGAAAGCGCUAGUCGGUUCGGCGGCAGCACACAUCGAGCUCGGCGAGAGCAAGUUUGCCGUUUCGAACAAUAACUUUAACAACUCAGCGUUAAGCAGCAGUAGCAGCAAUAGCAACAACCAAAGCAACAACAACAACCAUCAACCAUCGAACGGCGGUAGUGUCGCUGGUUCCGCGACCGUUAAUGGCGGUGUCGUCCCCGACGCCAGCGUCCUCAGCAGUAUCCGGCAGGCGUUGGGUCAAGGGCACCACCUGCCGCCGUCGAACAAGCGGCUGCAGAAGUCGGAAUCGGCCGCCUACUCCUACUUUAAUCCAAAGCGAUUCAGCUCACCGCCGUUCGGCGAAAUCCUUGGCGGCACGACUGAUCGGCGACUUAACUUGAAGAACAAAACGGCCAGCCUGUUCCGCAGCAAGUCGAAAAAGGAGCAGCGAACGUACCGGUCGGUGAACGAUGCGAUCGAGGUGCUGGCCGAUCAGGUGGUGGAGGACGAGAAGGCGCUCGAGAGAACGUCAUGGGAUUAUAGCACGGUGACACUUUCCCGUGUGACCGGCUACGGGUUCGGCAUAGCAGUUUCCGGCGGCCGUGAUAAUCCACACUUUGCCAACGGUGAUCCGUCGAUCGCGGUUAGCGACGUGCUGAAGAAUGGUCCCGCCGAGGGCCAGCUACAAGUUAACGAUCGCAUCAUUUCCGUGAACGGUGUGUCGCUGGAAAACGUAGAGUACGCCACCGCCGUACAGGUGCUGCGUGACAGUGGCAACACGGUGACACUGGUGGUGAAACGGCGCGUACCAAAUCACAGUCUGAUGCAUCCACUUCCUGGUGCGAAUAUGCACGGCAUGGCUGGGCCCGGUGGUGGUGGCGGCGGCGGCGGCGGCGGUGGUAUCGGUAUGUCCGGUGGACCACCAGGGGGACCCAGUGCUGGUGCGAUGGGUGUGGGCAUGCCGGCUGGCGUAGCUGGCAUGAAUUCCCAUCAGCAUCAGCACAGCAUCAGCUCCACUGGUCUGGGGCUCGGUGCGAAUAAUGGAUCUCAGCAGCAAAUCAAAGUGAUCGUCACGAAGGCAAACAAAAAGGACGACUUUGGGAUCGUGCUUGGCUGCCGAUUGUUUAUUCGGGAAAUAUCUUCCAAAACGAAAGAUCAGCUGGCGGCCAACGGGUACUCGCUGCAGGAAGGUGAUCUGGUGACGCGCAUCCACAACACCAACUGCAACGACUCGAUGAGCCUGAAGGAGGCGAAGAAAAUCAUUGACGGUUGCAAGGAGCGGCUAACGCUCGCGGUGCUCCGUGAACCGAACGGCAUUGCCGGGGGCUAUGGUGGGGGUGCAGCCGGUGGUGGUGGUACCGCUUCCGGUAUGCAAUCGCCCGUCUACUCGCACACAGCCCAGGUGUCCAACUGUAGCAACAUGGACGAGAACUAUCUCAACGGGACCGGCGGCGGUUCGUACUCUGGGCAGAAUUUAUACGUACAACCCCCAACCAGACCGUCCGCGAUGAGUACGCUGCUGGCGGACGAUAAAAGCAAUCUCACACCGCGGGGCCGAUCCAGGGGACCGCUGACGGAUAUAUCGCUGCAGCAGCUCGAUCGCCCCAGCACACCGCCGGGAACGUCCAGUCGGACGGCGGACGGGGCAGGUCAUUCGCGAUCGCGCAGCGUUGUCGAUGAGCCGCCGAGGCCACCGCCCCCACGGGGAGAAGACUUCUACGCCACGCGCCGUCAGCUGAUGGACGAGAAGCCACCGACUACCGAACCGCGGUACAUCACAUUCCAGAAGGAGGGCUCGGUCGGUAUCAGGCUGACGGGCGGCAACGAGGUCGGCAUCUUUGUGACGGCGGUACAGCAGAACAGCCCCGCCUCGGCCCAGGGCCUGGUGCCGGGCGACAAAAUCCUAAAGGUGAACGAUAUGGACAUGAACGGAGUUACCAGGGAGGAGGCCGUCCUCUUUCUGCUCAGCCUGCAGGACCGCAUCGAGCUGAUCGUGCAGUACUGCAAGGAGGAGUUCGACAGCAUUACCGCCCAGCAGCGCGGUGAUUCGUUCCACAUCAAGACGCACUUCCACUGCGAUGCCCCGACAAAGGGCGAGCUGUCGUUUAAGGCCGGUGACGUGUUUCGGGUCAUCGACACGCUGUACAAUGGUGUGGUCGGUGCCUGGCAGGUGCUGCGAAUUGGACGCGGCCACCAAGAGCUCCAGCGAGGCGUCAUUCCGAACAAGGCACGAGCGGAAGAGCUCGCCACGGUGCAGUUUAACGCGAGCAAGAAAGAGCUCAAUGCAUCCGAGUCGCGCGUAAGCUUCUUCCGAAGACGUCGCUCGACGCACCGCCGCUCGAAGUCGCUGUCGCGCGAAAACUGGGACGAUGUAGUGUUCUCGGACGCCAUCUCCAAGUUCCCGGCGUACGAGCGGGUCGUGCUGCGCCAUCCGGGCUUCGUGCGCCCGGUGGUCAUUUUCGGCCCGGUGGCGGACAUAGCGCGCGAGCGAUUGAUGAAAGAUUUCGCCGACAAGUAUACGGCCCCAUUGCAGGACGAUGAUAAGGGCUCGUCCAAGUGCGGUGGCAUUGUGCGCCUGUCGAACAUACGCGACAUCAUGGACCGGGGCAAGCAUGCGCUGCUGGACGUGACGCCGAAUGCGGUCGACCGGCUGAACUACGCCCAGUUCUACCCGAUAGUGAUAUUUUUGAAGGCGGACACCAAGCACACAAUCAAGCAGAUGCGCCAGGGGCUGCCCAAGUCGGCGCACAAGAGCAGCAAGAAGCUGUUCGAGCAGUGCCAAAAGCUGGAACGCGUCUGGUCGCACGUCUUCAGCACAACGAUCAAUCUGAACGAUCCCGACACCUGGUACCGGAAGCUGAGGGACUCGAUCGAUCAGCAGCAGAGUGGUGCAGUGUGGAUGUCCGAGACCAAGCCGGUAGAAUCCCUGUCCGAUGAUUUCCUUUUCCCCAUGACCACAUCCCGUCUUUCUUACGCCUCGAGCCCCGAGUCGGACCUGGAGCUGAGUCCGGGCCCGUCAGCGUCACUAUCGCUGGGCAACUUGCCACAGUUAGUGAAAUCCAGCUCCGAUCCAUCGAUUGCCACUAAUCAGGAUAACUUGGAUAGGGAUAGAGAACUCGGUGACGGCAUGCCACCACCAUACACGAAUCCCUACGAACAUGGGCCACACUCUCGGCGAAUGACCGUGGAUAAUAAGUACGGAUUUUCAUCGAGCAAAAAUGGAGUAGGAGGCGGACCGUCCAUGAACCCUGAAGAUGCCAUUUACGGUUCUUCCACAUCACGUCCAGCGCCACCACUUCAGGGAACAGCGAAUGGGCCACAUUUCGGUACAGUUCCAGAUUUGCCACCCCGUAUUGAUAGAGCGUCCAAACCGGCGAACGCCCCCGGUGCGCCCAGUACGUCCGGUUCUUCCUUGCCAUCACGCAACUCAAGCUCGGGCGGAACGCUCGGCCGUUCGGCUCAGGAACGAUUGUUCGGCAAUGGCAAGCAAUCGUCCACCGAUGCGUUGCAUGAUCCCACGUCGUCCGCGCAGGAUGAGUACAGCAGUAGAAAUCAGCUGCUGGGGCUCGGAGCAGGCGACAAGCGACCAACGCUUCCACCGAUGGUGAACGGAGGAACGACAGCACCCGGCGCCGCUAGUUCGCUAGAGCGUAACCCGAAUGCUAACACAUCGCUGGAUCGUAGCGGCGGCGGUGGUGGCGGCGGUCGCUCGGCUGGCCAUCAUCAUCCCGGCAACAAUCCACAAAACACAUCGGGCAAAGCGAACGGAUCUUACGACAGCGUUUCCAGCUACGAUUCGUACAACACGUCAUCGCAGCUGACCGCACAGAAUAUGAGGUUAGGACCCAAUGCACCCGAUGAUCUGAAAUCGGUGCCCAACAGUCGCAAUGGAGCCCAUGCAAUGGGAGCAAAUGUUUCCGGGUUGUCAGACUAUGGGCGGAAUCCUGCGCUAAAUAACGCCCCGUCCGACAUGUUACUCACCACGGCUAGAAGUAACUAUAACGGUACAGGAGUGCAUGAAACAUUAACGCAACGGAACUCGGGCGAUCGUACGGCCGGAGGUAUGAACAUGCCCCAAAGACCAACCAAUCUUGUGCUUGACAGUCCCAGAAAGCAUAUUAUUGAAACGAAAACGGAUUACGGGAAGUAUAGUCGAAAUAAUUCAGCAUCGCAGGCAGAUUACUCCAAACCUAACAAAGGACCGUCGAUGAUUGGCUCGCCAGGACCGCCACCGGGUGCGAUGGGAGCGAAUAUGGGCAAUGGCGCACCGUUUAAGCCUGUUCCACCGCCUAAACCCAAAAACUAUCGGCCUCCUGUUGGAGGUUCCGGUAGUAACGGCGCCGGAAUGCACCAUUCCGGACAGUGGGAUAAUGGGGAACCGAUUUCACCUCGCUCGCCGGAUGGUUUCUAUUAUCCUCCCAUGGCGUCAUCGCAUUACCAUCAGGGCAUGGCUCACAAUGUACCAAGCUCGCCGAAUAACGGUGGGUCCCACGCACCGGGCAUGCACCCGUACAAUCCGUACACGGUCGGCAAUGGUGCGAACGGUGGCAACGGAGGCCCCAUGUACAACGGAAACGCCAACGGUAGUCACUCGUAUAUGAGCAAUGGUGUCAGGGACAUGGGGGCAAUGGGGGCAAGCAAUGGUUAUAACAACGGGAACGCACAAUACCCCUACGGCAAUACUUACAUGCAUAGAGGUAAUGGGGCUGGAACUCAUGGCAUAGGCAACAUGCCAGCAUUACAUCCCUCCGAUCGACACGCACUCGAUCUCGCCGGUAGCCGAGAGCAACGCGGAUCGGCCUUCGAGCUAUACCGCAAACCGCAACUGGGUACGAUGGUUGGGCACCACCACAACAUACGAGACAUGGAGCCAAUGAUGUCGAUCCAUGAGUUCAACCAGCACCAGCAGCAUCUGAUGCACCAGGAACGGAUGCGCCAGCUGCAGCAGCAGCCCCUCCCACCCAUACCCAGACCUCCGCCGCCGACGUCGCGUGGCCCUUACCCAGGGCACGAUCCAUCCCUCCCACCGGAGCUACCGGCGAAACCGCCGAAGAAAAACAUUCUCAAAUCACCGCUGAAAGCGAUCAAGAACGCAUUCAUUAAGUCUACCCGGCCACUGCGGCGACAGGUAAGCUUGGCCGGUGAUUCGGAUAAGAAAUCGCUCAGGCCGAUACUGAAACGGCAGCAUUCCAUGAUGGAACCACGAUCGGCCCGAAUGCGCAUGCCGGAUCAGCAGCACCAACAGUUGUACGAUCAGCAGCGUUCGAUGUACGCGCAAGAGAUGCAGCAGCAGGCGUACUACAACGAUCCUCGGUACGGUUCGUCCUACCAGGGACCUUACUCGCCACAGCCGAACCGAUCGUACCAGCGGCACGAACCAUACUAUCCGAAGGAUGGCAACAGUACCUAUCAGAACCUGGAGAUGGAAUCGAUGUAUGGCAACAGCCAGGGCAGAGGCGGCUACUACGAUCAGCAAAGCGAAGGGCCGGGCUACUACCCAACGGACGAGAAUCUGUACGCCAAUCGGGCACUCAUUGAGCUGGAACGGAGCAGAGCACCGCUAGGGCCGGGUGCCACGGUCAGCACGCUUGGCCGGCGCAUAGUGCGUCGUCACAGUAUGGCUGAUCGUACCGCUCCGUCGCCCAGCUUCAAUCAGCUCAAUCGCCGGCGAAUGGGCUCGGAGCGAGCGCCCCAUCAUGCCUCGAUAGUGGAUCAUCAUCGUGCGGCGAUGACGAAUGCGAACGUGAGCCGCGGUUCCUCCGCUCACGACGAAUCAAUCUACCAGAGCAAGAGCGGCUCGUUCCUGUACAAUGAGGCCCGCGAGCACAACCGGCGCGCAUUCGAAGAUCCAGUGUACCAAAGCCGGCGGGAAAUGCACCGUGAUCAUCUGUACCAGAGCAAGCAGCAGAUGCAGGAUCGCAUCCAGCAAAGCCGAAUGGUGGAGAUGGUGGCGCCGGCCCAAACGCAACCCCAGCCGCCACACGGUUCGUCUCCCGCUUCGGGCAAUGGCAGCAGCUCAAUGGGAGGGACAACCACCUCCGCUGCCAGCGAUCGGUUCCUGCGCAGCCAGGGUUUAACCGGUGGUGGUGGUGGUACUGCUAGCGGUUCGAACUCGAGUUCACCCAACUCUCCGUCGAGCAGUUCGUGCAAAAGCGGCUACUCGUCUUCGCGCAAUGGCGGCGAAAUGCGCGAACGGCGUACGCAGAUGCGCGAUCAGAUCUAUCAGUCCCGCAAGGAGGCGAUGGAAUCGAUGGCCGAACCGGUGUACGUUUCGCGCCGGGAGCUAAAGCACGAACCGAUCUACGAGUCGAAGAACGAGAACGAGUCUGCCUCCGUUGCCUCAGCGGGCGGAGCAGUAGACGCUCCUGUCAGUGAGAUGCAGGGGCUUCGCCUGAACAUGCCCGAACCAUUUGCCGGUGAGAAUAGUGGGCACAAAGCUAAGACAGAACAGCCCGAAGCUAGUUCCAAACAUACCACUCCGUCCACACCCUCAACCGGAAGAAAGCCGCAAGAUUUGAGUGCCCCUUUGGCCGCCGAAGAGGACGACGAUGUGGAGGAUGAGGAGGAGCAGCACGAACAGAGUGACGAGCGGACACUUACCGUAAGCAAUCAGAAUGACUCCGUGUUUGAGAAGCUGGCGAUGGGAGUGGUCCCAAGUCCCGGCAGCCCGGUAGCAACGUCCUCGCCCGUUCCAAGCACGCUGGGCACACCGAAAAGCAUCCGAGCGACCCACAUAUCCAACUUCCUAAAACGAACCGCUCCUCCGGUCAUGCCACCGCCUCCACCACCACCGACCGCGCUGAAUCGUCCCAGCCUGCCACCGUCGGAGGAGGCGGGACCAGCGACAGCAGCAGUAUACGCCAGCCGUACCUCGAUCGAAACACAGUACACCUCAACGGCCACCGGCUCGCAGAUGAGCCUUCCGAUCGGUCCACCGAACGCGACCAGCACACCGUUUGCCAGCGAACUGUCCCUCGGGCUACCGCCUCCCCGGCAACCGAUAACGCGGCGCGGGCUGUUCGACGCGUCCGGCGGCAGUUUGGCCGAUCCGAUCUGGAACGUUUCGCUGCAGAUUCCGCCCGGCGCGAUACCGCCCGGUGUGCAGCAGGAGAUCUACUUCACCGUCACUGAUCCGCGGCUGAGCGAAAGCGUCGGCGGACCACCGCUGGACAUGGAGAAUGGUGAAACGAUGCUAUCGCCACUCGUAAUGUGUGGUCCUCAGGGAACGGAGUUUCUUAAACCGGUCACGCUCAACAUACCACACUGUGCCGGCCGCACCGCUUCGCUGGGCCUUUCCCUUAAAGCCACCGACAGCGAGAAGAACCUGCAAACCGACUGGGAGGAUAUCGACCUGCCCAGCAAUACGGCGGCCCACACCGUCUCGGUCAAGGUGGACCACUUUUAACAACAGCAAACGAGUGUUGUGGAUUCGUUCUACCCCAGCAGUCAGCUUAGCAUUUUGUUCGGCGAAAUAGCGUUUGCUGUCCUUCCUGCCAAUUGAUCAUGAUGAUGACGAUGAUUACCAUCAAUGUUACAAGCCGUACUGAACAGUAGUGCCUUUUCCCCUGCAGCCGUGUGCAUCCGCAAUUAGGUUUGAUCCAGGGGUCAGUCUAGGGCCGCUGCCACAUCCCGAAAGAGGAUGGAGCGGAGUAGGAAUAGUAAAAUCUAAACUGUGUGUAUUGCUUACCAACGCAUCUUUGCCAUUUUAUCGUAGAAUAGACACAUUUUUUUAGGUGUAAGGCAGGAACGUUUUCUGACACACUUUUUAACACACUCUGUACAUAAAAGCAAAGGCGGCGCAUCGGACGUCGAACAAAUGCAUCGUUUUGAUGAAGUGUACUUUUGCAUCCACCGUGGAGGAAGCAGUAGACGUUUUAUAUUAUCUUACAAAAACAAAAACAAACAAAAGAUAAGGCGUAGGCCACAGUUUUUCGUGAUAGUUUUACCAUGUAAAUAGCUAAAAUCUCGAACCGGAUCGAGUUCAUCGAUCAUAUGGUGUACCAUGCUUUUUCGCUUCUCUUGACACGUGAAUCAAGGCUGCUCCUCAAGAUCCGGAUUAGUGAAUAGAGCUAGCUUCCCCACUGUACAGCCAUACCUAGAUGAGCGAAAGAACCGCGGGUAAUCCCGACAGCCGACAGAGUUAACCGGUGACAUAUUAUACAGGAAAGCGAUAGUUAAUCAAGACGGCUACGUACGGGAACCACAUCAUUGUCUAUUCAUUUCCGCUGCCAUUAUGAGAGACACAAUGUGUUUGUUUACACAGUACGCUUUGGCGCCAUGUACCAUGUGUGAAAGUGGUACAAACCGAGAAAGCCGGAAAGUAGAGACACAGAGCGAAGUGCGUAGCAUUUUAUAAUAUAACAAAACAAGAUCGGAAAGUAUUUUCUUAUUAGCCCUAUUUCUGGAGAAAAAAAAAACAAACAAAGUGAAAACAAGUUUAUAAAUUUUAGGUACGACGGUGUAUGUUUUGUUAAUGAAAGAAUAAAGUAUGGAACUAUAAUACCGAA